AUGGGACCUCCUGGACCACGCGGUGCGCCAGGAAUUGAGGGGAUGCAAGGCAUUCCCGGAGUUUCAGGUAAACCUGGUGCUCCAGGCCUUCCCGGUCCUCCAGGCGACAAGGGUCUUCAUGGAAUGCCAGGAGUUGAUGGAUCGCGGGGUUUGCCUGGUCCCAGAGGAAAAGUCGGUUCCAAGGCAGCUGCAACCACUGCAAUAUUGGGAAACCAAUUGACUCGUCAUCGAAUGAAUUGCGAGUAA